AAAAAAGUUGCUUUGCAAUUUCGAUAUCACGGUACUGUGCUGCGAAUAAAUCGAUCUCUUGGGAAAAUCAAAGUUGACGCGAUUUGAAACUAACGUAAAUUCGUCGUUUUUGUCAAUUGUGAACUCGGUUUUUGCUACGCGAAUAUUACGUGUUUUCCUGUGUCGUUUCCACAAUUACACCGGUUACAACAUGGUGGUUGGCUGUGAUAUUCAACAUGAUACUCCGAUUAAUGAAUAACAUAAACUUAGAAGAUUUUAAAGAAGUUCGAUUUUUGAUAAUCGAAAAAUGGAUAAGACAGCAUGCUCCCAAACAUAUAAAGAAAUCGAUCAAAGCAUUGUCAAAAUCGAGAUGGAAUCUGAACAAAAUUUCAAGCCUGAAAAUUUAAAUAUCAACUUUGUGGAAGUUCCCUCAAUAAAAGAACACGCUGAUAUUACCAUUUUGCCAACGAAGAUUAGAGGUAGAGGUAGAGGUAGAGGCAGAGGAAGAAGCAGAGGUAGAGGUAGAGGUAGAGGUAAAUACAGCAACAAUUCACAAAUCUCAGCCUUGUCAAAGCAAAGUCAUUCCACGGAUGUGAAGGUAGAUUUGAAAACUUUGAAGAAGAACCGUUUUCGCCCAAUUCGGCCGAAACCUUUACAACCUAGUACUUCAACUAUACUGAGACAUAAAUUUGGAUUGCCAAUAAUGAAUAUGGCUACUUUACCAUCAAAUCGCGUUAUUCUACCAAGUACAAUGAAAGAAAAAGGUUACAUUGCACACGUUAGACACAUUACACUUUCAGAUGAAUCUGACAAGAUAAAAGAUAUCAAACCAAUUAGCAAUGAUAACAGUGACGUUUUUAGUAGCGAUACUGACAAUAAGACCAUUAACACAACAGUUGUCAACAGUAAGACCAUUAACACAACAAUGGUCAACAGUAAGACCAUUAACCCAACAGUUGCUAAUAGUAAGACCAUUAACGAUAGUAAUAAAAGUAAAACCAUAAAUAUUAUACCAAUAACUGAUGAAAAU